AUGACGACCUCGGCGCUGCGGCGCCAGGUGAAGAACAUCGUGCACAACUACUCGGAGGCGGAGAUCAAGGUGCGCGAGGCCACCAGCAAUGACCCCUGGGGCCCGCCCAGCUCGCUCAUGUCCGAGAUCGCCGACCUGACCUUCAACACGGUGGCCUUCGCCGAGGUCAUGGGCAUGCUGUGGCGCCGGCUCAACGACAGCGGCAAGAACUGGCGGCACGUGUACAAGGCGCUGACGCUGCUGGACUACCUGCUGAAGACGGGCUCGGAGCGGGUGGCCCACCAGUGCCGGGAGAACCUCUUCACCAUCCAGACGCUGAAGGACUUCCAGUACAUCGACCGCGACGGCAAGGACCAGGGCGUGAACGUGCGCGAGAAGGUCAAGCAGGUGAUGGCGCUGCUCAAGGACGAGGAGCGCCUGCGGCAGGAGCGGACCCACGCCCUCAAGACCAAGGAGCGCAUGGCGCUGGAGGGCAUGGCCCUGGGCAGCGGGCAGCUGGGCUUCAGCCGCCGCCAGGGCGAGGACUACGGCCGCGCCAGGGGCUCCCCGUCCUCCUACGAUUCUUCCUCCUCAUCCCCCCGCUACACCUCAGACCUGGAGCAGGCGCGGCCCCAGACGUCGGGAGAAGAGGAGCUGCAGCUGCAGUUGGCUCUGGCCAUGAGCCGCGAGGAGGCGGAGAAGCCAGUCCCCCCAACCUCCCUCAGGGACGAGGACCUGCAGCUGCAGCUGGCCCUUCGCCUGAGCCGGCAGGAGCACCAGAAGGAGGUGAGGUCCUGGCGGGCAGGGGACUCCCCUAUGGCCAAUGGCGCCGGGGCUGCAGCCCACCGUCGGAGGGAAAGAGAGCCCGAGAGAGAAGAGAAGAAGGAGGAAGAGAAGCUGAAAACCAGCCAGUCCUCCAUUCUGGACUUGGCAGACAUCUUCGCACCCACCCCUGCCCCACCUUCCACACACUGCUCCGCCGACCCGUGGGACAUCCCAGGUAUCAGGUCCAACCCAGAGCCCAGCGGCUCCUCCUGGGGGCCUUCAGUGGACCCCUGGUCUCCGGCCCCCGCUGGAAGCACCCUGUCCCGCAGCCAGCCCUGGGACCUGCCCCCUACGCUGUCCUCCUCUGAGCCCUGGGGCCGGACCCCAGUGCUGCCUGCUGGAGCCCCCACUACCGACCCCUGGACACAGAACUCCUCCCCCAGCAAACCCCCCAACACUGGGGCUGACCCCUGGGGGGCCUUGGUGGAAACGCCCAGCACACCUGGUGGCACCUCGGUCUUUGACCCAUUUGCCAAACCUCCAGGAUCCACAGAGACCAAGGAGGGGCUGGAGGGUGCCCAGGCCCUGCCCUCGGGGAAACCCAGCAGUCCCGUGGAGCUGGACCUGUUUGGAGACCCCAUCCCCAGUUCCAAGCAGAAUGGCACCAAGGAGCCAGAUGCCUUUGACCUGGGCAUCGUGGGGGAAGCCCUCACCCAGCCCAGCAAGGAGGCCCGAGCUCGCACACCGGAGUCCUUCCUGGGUCCCUCAGCCUCCUCGUUGGUCAACCUUGACUCCUUAGUCAAGACACCCCAGGCUGCAAAGACCCGGAACCCCUUCCUGACAGAUCUCAGCGCUCCAUCCCCCACCAACCCAUUUGGUGCAGGCGAGCCGGGCAGGCCCACCCUGAACCAGAUGCGCACCGGGUCGCCGGCGCUGGGCCUGGCGGCCGGCAGGCCCCUGGGGACGCCCUUGAGCUCCAUGACCUACAGCACCUCCCUGCCGCUCCCCCUCAGCAGCGUGCCGGCCGGGGUGACCCUCCCCGCCUCCGUCAGCGUCUUCCCGCGGGCCGGGGCCUUCACGCCGCCGCCCGCCAGCCUGCCGCCGCCGCUGCUGCCCGCGUUGGACUCGGCAGGGCCGCUCCUCCCCAUCCCCGCCCCGCAGGCCGGCACCAACCCCUUCCUCUGA